AUGUAUCCCAACAUUCUCGGCGAGCCCGGAUGGAAUCCCAUAUUCGACGACGAGUUCCUAGACGAUGAUGACGACGGUGGUGCGGAAGGACAAGAGUGGUGGAGCGAUAUCGAGGCCAUUUGGGGCAUAGGAGGGUAUGAUGACGACGGCGGCUACUACUCUGGACUGGACCCCGCGGAACGACCUAAUCUGAGGCCCGUUCCGCAACCGGCUUUGCCUUUACCUCAAUACCAUAGCAUGGCCACGUCCACCGGUACUACGGCAGAUCAGGCUCGUCAUCGUCCCGUGUACGGUGGGCUCGUAGCCGACGGCAGCGGCGGUGGCGGCGCCGAAAUACAGCGGUGGCAGCAACAAGAGGGUCUCCAGGCCUCCUGGGCUGGUAGCGGAUAUGGUGCUAGUCGCACCAGGGGCGUCCUCGUACAACGGCAGUCCCCUUUGGGAAAUUUCUACCCAAUGCCCGCGCAGCAACUACCGGUCCAGCAGAUGCCGCUGCCGCCGCUGCCCCCGCCGCCGGAGCCGGAGCCGCACCUGCAACCACCACCGUGUGGGCACUACUCAUGUAGUUGUUACCAAGGCGCCCAGUUACCGUACACGCAGCACGCAAUCCGAAAUGUACCGUUUUACUGCGCGAGUGCGGCACCCAACCCAGUUUCCGCUGGUUGCCCAACCUGCGGCAACACCGGACAUCCACACAGCCACCUCCUGCCAGCUAGUGGCACGACAAGUCAAUACUACAGCAUCAACAACUGCUACACCAGCGGCGAUAUCGAGAUGAACGAAUUCGCCGCUGCUGGUGCUGCUGGUGCUGCUGGUGCUGCUGGGGGUAUCACAGCUGCAGGUAGUUGCUGCCAGGCGGCUGCUGAGGCUGGAUCUCUCUUAGACACGGUGUACGGCAACGCCUACGGUGCCCCUGCAGCACCUCCUACAUCAUGUGGUCCGCUAGGGCCGCCAGUAGCGCCGCCACCACAUCACCGCGGCACCCAACACUUUCAGUUAUUCCAGCAGUACCAGCAGCAUUAUCGCCGCCAUGAGCAACAAUACCGCCAAUACACGGCGGAACCACAACCGCAACUGCAGCGGCGAACGGACCCGCGUAGCGGAACCGUGAACGGCGGCGUCACUGAAGCGGGUCGUGGGGUCAGCGGCGCGCCUUCAUUUGCGGGUACGGCACUCUACCUGGGACAGACAAACGGGUUUGGCCCCCAUAACCUGGAUCACUGGGACCGAGGUCAGGAGGGGAGGGGCAACGUGGAAGCCGGUAACGCCGUCGCUGGUCUAGCAACUGCAGCCACUGCUUCCGGCGCCGCAGCCUUUGACUCAUCUCUUUCCCACCCGCCUGUACCUAGCCAGCAGCACCCGCAGCCUCAGCCGCAGCCCCUAGGUUCCACGUCCUCCCUGGAGGUCGCACCAGCGCCAACCGGGGGCAGCCCUGGGAUUGGGCUGGCGCCGAACGGCGAGCAGCUGCAAGCUGCGCUGCUGAAACGACUCCGAAAACUCUCUCUGAAGCGCGGCAUUGCCGGCAACAAACUUAUCCAACGCGUCAUCAGCGGUAAGGCUCCUCGUGCACGGAGCGAUGUCCGAGGAACGCUUCGCAUUCGCACCAGGUCCGCCGCCAUUGAUAACCCGUACAGCGGAGCCGUAAAUGCUAGGGUUUGCAAGAUCAUCCCUUCCCAGUUGGUUCGGAGGAAGCGCGACAGUGCAAGCUCCCAGUUCAAGGGUGUCAGUCGACACCGGAACACCAACAAAUGGGAAGCUCACUUGUGGGACCCCUCGGUACGGCGCGUUGGAUUCCGAGGGAAGAGGGCCUGGGGCAGGCAGUUUUACUUGGGGGCGUACGACACGGAGGUUGAGGCGGCCCAGGCCUACGACAGGGCGGCCAUCGUCUUCUGGGGAGUUGGUGCCAUCACCAAUGUGUACGGCGAGGAACUGGAAUCUCUGCUACAGCUGACCAAGGAAGACCUAAUGAACUCGCUGCGGCGGCGGGCCUACGGCUUCAGCCGGGGCGAAUCUCAGUACCGCGGCGUGACUCGGCACCGUGCGUCGGACUUGUGGGAGGCGCGGAUCGGCAAUAUGUUCGGCAAGAACUACGUGUACCUGGGGCUCUUCAACUUGGAGGAGGCGGCCGCCAUGGCGUACGACUUCGCCGCCCUGUACCGCGAUGGCCCCACUGCCCUGACCAACUUCCAUCCUGAAGGCUACUUGCACGAGACCACCGGUGCUCUACUUCCCUUCUCCUGGCUUCCGGAGGUGGUCAAGUCGGGAUUCGCCAAGUGGCCCAAGGCGGUUCUGUCGGCUGCUGGGGAUCCGCGUGCGGCCCAACCGAACAAUCGCAACCAGCGGCCGGCUGCCGCAACGCCGGUGGCCGGGCCCGCCACGCCGUCCCUGGGCAAGUCAUCGGGCCCUUGGUGCCAGAGGCGGCCAGGAGGUCCGACGGUGGAGGCGGCGGCAGCAGCAGCGGGCGGUGACCUCAAUACUCAGCGCGGCUCUGGGGAAAAUGGCCCUGCCGCGGGAACAUUAGAAAUCUAA